CAGCUGCUGUUCAGCAUGGCAAGCGAAGGGGAUAAGCCGCAAAUAGAGCCUCCUCCAGCUUCAUACAAGUCUGCUGUCUGGGAACACUUUGGGUUUCCAAUACGUUACAGCAGCGAUGGUCACAAAAACGUGGACAAAACAGUCACAUUGUGUAAAAUUUGUAUGACGCGAGUGCCAUACUCCCAAGGCAAUACAACUAAUAUGACCGGACAUUUACGCCGUCAUCACCCGCGUGUUGACAGCUCUCGAGCGCAGGUGAGACCGAAGCAGUUUCAGCAGCACACACUGCCUUCUGCGUUUAAACAGCCACUAAGCUCUCAUUCUGACAAACACAAGACCAUAACAAAAGCGCUUGGUGUUUUUAUUGCAAAAGACAUACAGCCAUACUCCGUCGUUGACGAUGCGGGAUUCCAGCAUUUGAUUAAGACGCUUGAACCGCGUUACGAAAUCCCUUCGCGUGCCCAUUUCAGCAGCAAGAUUAUUCCUGAGUUGUAUGAUGAAACGCGGAGCAAAAUUGAAAACAAACUGGCAAACGCAAAACAUGUAGCUUUGACAACUGAUAGCUGGACCUCCAGGGCAACUGAAAGCUACUUGACAGUUACUGCACAUUAUAUUUCGGACUGGCAAUUGGAGAGCGCUGUGUUACAAACAUGCCCUCUUUUUGAAAACCACACAAGUAGUCAUUUGGCUGAUGCACUCAUGAGCGCAGUGACAGACUGGAAGUUAGAGAGGCCUAAUAUCACCAUUCCAGUCACUACAGAUAAUGCACGUAAUAUGGUGAAUGCCAUUAAAGAAGCAGCAGGACUAGGACCGCAAAUUGGAUGUUUUGCGCAUAUUCUGAACCUUGCAGCAAAGAAGGCAGUAGCACUUCAACAGAUAAGCCGUCUGUUAGGUAAAGUCAGAAAAGUUGUAGCAUUUUUUCAUAAAAGCACAACAGCAGCUAAUGCCCUGAAAGUCAAGCAGGAGAUGUUGAAUAUACCUGCACACAAACUAAUACAUGACACCCCAACUCGCUGGAACACCAUUUAUGACAUGAUGGAGAGAUAUCUAGAGCAGCAGCCUGCCAUCUACUCUGCCCUGAUGGACAAAAAUAUUAAGAAGAACGUCAAGGACAUUGCUGUGUUGUCUGACAGUGAACUGACACUGGCAGAGGAAAUGAUUCAACUGCUUAAACCCCUUAAGACAACCACCACUCUCUUAAGCACAGAAACAGCUCCCUCUCUCUCAAUGGUCCUCCCUCUAAAGACAAUGAUACUAAAAUCAAUGGAUCCUGCAGAUCAUGACAGUCCUGCCAUAAAAGAUGCCAAGGCAGCCAUCAGUGAGGACUUAAAAAGCAGAUACACAGAUCCUGACCUUCAGGACUAUCUCAACAGAGCAUCAUUCCUUGAUCCAAGGUUUAAGUCUUUACCUAACCUGGAUGCAGCCUUAUGCUUAAAUGUUUGCAGUGGGGUCAUCAGGGAGAUCAUUGAACAACAGGGUCAGCCUGUUGCAGCAGAAGCUGGGCCAUCCGGAAGCCAGAAUCCCCCUGAAUCCCCACCCGUAAAGAAGUCUGCAAUGUCCGAGCUUUUUGGAGAUUUUUUUAGAGCACCUGACAAGACAAAGACUUUUGACAACAUUGUAGAGGAGGAAGUAAUGUCAUACAAAGCAGAAGAUUCCAUUGACACAGAUGCAUAUCCACUCGCAUGGUGGGAGCUGCAUGAGAGCAAGUACCCUCAUGUUGCAAAACUUGCAAAACAAUACCUUUGUGUCUGUGCAACAUCAGUGCCAAGCGAGAGAGUGUUCUCCACUGCAGGAGACAUUGUUUCUGCAAGCAGAUCUCGACUUGCAACGGAAAAUGUUAACAAACUGAUCUUCUUGCAAAAAAACAUGAAGAUCUAAAUUGACUAAAAUAAAGAAUAAAGAGUGACCCAGUGUUCUGACCUUCCAAAUAUUUUAUGUUGGUUUUGAAAUGCAUUUAUGUUAGUAGCCUACUUGAAGCACAAUAAUGCACAUGUUCUUAAGUUAGAAGGUUGACUUUUGCAGGGGUAAGAAACUGCAUCAUUUUUUGUUUUGUAAAGAAACCUGUUUUUGACAGAAGAUUUAAGUGUUUGUUACCUAAUAAAUACAUAAAAAUUAUUGAAUUUGACAGUAGCCAUUUUUUCUUGAACACACCGAACCGAAACCGUGACCCUAAAACCGCAAUUCAAACCGAACCGUGAGUACUCUGAACCGUUACACCCCUAGUAGUUACG